AGCAAAAUUCACAGAGACGACAGUUAAUCUCGUUAAAUCUCUCAUAACCAAAAAUUCCAAAUUCUAAAUUCCAAAUUAUUAUUCUUAUAUACAAAAGAACAUUCUAGAAUUGUUCGUUGAAUAGAACAAUAGAUCUGUUAUACGAACCCUAGAAUUUCAAAAGGGAAUCAAAUCGAUUCCCAUUUUUUUUUUUUUUUUUUUUUUGUGAAUAUGGCAAAUGGAAGAUCGAAAUUGCUCUUUUUAUUGUGCAUUUUAUCGUGUUCCUUUAUAAUUGCCAUUGCAUCGAAGAGUUACUAUGACAUUUUGCAAAUUCCGAAAGGUGCUUCGGACGAACAGAUCAAACGUGCUUAUAGGAAGCUUGCGUUGAAGUAUCAUCCUGAUAAAAACCAGGGAAAUGAGGAUGCCAAUAAGAAAUUUGCAGAAAUUAGUAAUGCUUAUGAAGUGUUGUCGGAUGGUGAAAAGAGGAAUAUAUACGACCGUUAUGGAGAAGAAGGUCUUAAACAACACGCUGCUAGUGGCGGAGGCAGAGGUGGAGGAAUGAAUAUGCAAGACAUAUUUAGCCAGUUUUUCGGCGGGGGCUCAAUGGAAGAAGAAGAAGAGAAAAUUGUCAAAGGAGAUGAUGUGAUUGUUGAUUUGGAUGCAGCAUUGGAAGAUUUAUACAUGGGGGGUUCCUUAAAGGUUUGGAGAGAGAAAAACAUUUUAAAGCCAGCCCCUGGUAAGAGGCGUUGCAACUGCCGCAAUGAGGUGUAUCACCGCCAAAUCGGUCCAGGAAUGUUCCAGCAGAUGACAGAGCAGGUCUGUGACCAAUGCCCCAAUGUGAAAUUCGGAAGGGAGGGCUAUCACAUUACUGUAGAUAUUGAGAAAGGAAUGCAAGAUGGACAAGAAGUAGUAUUUUAUGAAGAUGGUGAGCCUAAGAUAGAUGGUGAACCUGGAGACCUGAAGUUCCGCAUUCGCACAGCUCCUCAUGACCACUUCAAGAGGGAAGGAAAUGACCUACACACUACUGUUACUAUUACUCUGGUGCAAGCACUGGUUGGUUUCGACAAGACCAUUAAGCAUCUCGAUGAGCAUUUGGUUGAUAUUAGCACAAAGGGUAUCACUAAGCCAAAGGAAGUGAGAAAGUUCAAAGGAGAAGGGAUGCCGCUGCAUUUCAGUAACAAGAAGGGCAAUUUACAUGUUAAAUUUGAGGUUCUUUUCCCCACUUCAUUAACAGAGGACCAGAAGAAACGGAUCAAGGAAAUUCUUGUUUAGGAUAUAUUACAGUCUGCGAGCUCGUUUUUGCGCUGCAACGAACUUAGAAGAAUCGCGGGUUGACCUUAUGUCCCCUUACACCGUUUGUUUUUUCACAAAUGUUGCAUUAACGUGUCGGAACUUACUGUAAUCUUCCAGGCAUCCUCACCCUCAAAUUUUCGGAACCUUUUAUCCCCCAGUAUUUUUUCCCCAAGUCAUUUGAGAUGUAGUUUUACAGGCCAGCUAACAAGGAUAUGAUUGACAAUAUUGGCAGUGAAUCUGCUGCAUUGAGUACUUGAUAUUGUAUUGGACCAUUACUGUAGAGUAAAUUAAAGUAUGUACACAUUUUUAGCACAA